AUGGACCUUAACAAAAAAUGGCAAUUAACAACUGGGAAAAUCGUCGAGGACACAAUUUAUGAAUAUGGUAUAAACCUAGGUGAAGAAAGCCUUAUACAUAGUUGGAUCCUUGACUUGGAGGAUGUGCGACUGCAACAAUUGUUCACGACAGAUGAAUGGCAUGAAAUAAUGACCCAAAAUUUACAAGAAGUUCCAAAAAUUCCAGAAGAACUUGCACAACACAUGGUUUUAUACGCUGAAGUAUUUAUUUAUUAG